AUGGCCGACAACGACGCACACCAUGACCUAGAGGAGAGAGCUCACAACAGAUCAGGCGGCAGAAGGGGCGGCGGGGGCCGUCGAGGUCGAGGCGGAGGCGGGGGCGGGAUGAGUCGGGAGGUCCAGAUCUCCAAGGCGCUCUCGAGGCUGCUCAGGCACCAGGCGGAGAAUGCUGGCAUCACGCUGGACGGGGAGGGGUAUGCUCCUCUUGAUCGGGUGCUCGCCUGGGGACCCCUCCGCAGCCUGCAAGUCUCGUUCGAGGACAUCCAGUCGGCCGUGUCGAACAACGAGAAGCAGCGGUUCGCGCUCAAGCCGAACCCGGCGACGAACCCGGAGCUGAGCGCGGACAGCAAGGCGCCCUCAGAUUACCUCAUCCGGGCGAACCAGGGCCACUCGAUCAAGGUCGAGUCGUCGGGCCUGCUGGUCCCCAUCACCGCGGGAGGAGGAGAGGGGGAGGCAGAGGGGAACCUCCCUGCAAAGGUAGUGCACGGGACGUACUUUGCGUUCUGGCCGGCCAUCGUGGGGGCCGGCGGGCUGAAGGUGAUGGGGCGGAACCACGUGCACUGCUCGGAGGGGACGCCGGAGGACGGGGUGGUGAGCGGGAUGAGGAGGGACGCGGAGCUGAUGGUCGAGAUUGACCUGGAGAGGAGCAUGAGGGAGGGCGGGUUGAGGUGGUGGAGGAGCGAGAACGGGGUGAUCUUGACGGAGGGGGAUGAGAGCGGGCUGGUGAGCUCGAGGUUCUUCAAGAAGGUUACUUCGCGGACGGAGGAUGUUGGAGUGCUCUGGGAGGAUGGCGCGUGGGUGGCGGAUCUGCCUGCGGGACUGAAGGUGAGAGUUCCUCACGGGAAGAGACCGGGCGGUGGAAGGGGUGGGAGGGGAGGUAGAGGGGGGAGUAGAAACGCAUAG